GGGUGAAGUAGAGUGGUGGGUUGAAGGGGGGAUGGGGGUUCGUUUUCGCUUUUUUUUUGUCUUUUCUUUCGAUUUACUUCUCUGGUGUGCUGUGUUGUGUUGUACUUGUAUAGUGUUGUUGUGUUGUUGUUCGUUACGCACGAUAUCCUGCCUCUCUGGCUUCUCUCUUUUUUUAUCCUUUUCCUUAAUCCUACUACGGCAUCACUUGUCAUACAAAUUUUUCUUAGCCAUAUAUAUGUAUGUAUUAUCUUGUGUAUUGUUUUACUUGAACUUGAAUACGGCCUUUUGUAAAGGAUUGUGCGCUGGGGAUAUGUCGUUCGUUCUUGUUGCUGUUCUUGGUCGGGGUUAUUGAUAUAGGGAGGGCAAUUGGAUUUGUAGUCCUUGAACUGGGCUGGACUUUAUUUGAUUUGGUGAUUUGGUGAUGUGGUGAUGUGGUGAUGUGUUGUGUUGAUAUAUCGUGCUGUGGUGGGAUGAGAUGAGAUGAGAUGUAUCUAUGGUGUUGUUAGGUGAGGAUGCGGAU